CUCGUACCACCGUCGUACAAUUGCUGUGAUGGCUCAUGUGAUCAGAAUACGUAUUAUGGAUUGUGUCGAUAGCCGGCAUCCCGAAGAUAAAUUCUACGGCUACAUUUGUAAUUAUGUCUGUGAAGUACAGAAUUAUUUCAAUUGUGAGAUUAAGAGACAUACAGUUAAUGAGGCGCGUCUACAAUACUCGUAGUGGUGACUGCGCGCACCACGUCGGUGAUUUUUUUACCUUCCGCACUUUGUUGAUGGCUUCGCAAGCAUAUUGACUGGGCUGUGGUCAGACAGCAGUUGGCCAAGUGCCAUAAGCAAACAUUUAAAUAAUACAAAAGAGGAUUGUUAGCUGUCCAUUAAGUGAAGUACAAACACACACACAUAUGUACAUUUAAGCACCUAUGUAGGUAUGUGUGUCGGUUCGUUAGCAUAUGGAAAUGUCUAUAGCUCACAUGCCUAGGUGUGCGCCAAUAUAGUUUGUGUGGAUCCCGAGACGAGAACAAGCAGCACUAACCAAAUACGGCAAGAAAUGUGCAUGUAGUGAUUUUUUCAUAAAAAUUUAUACAAAAUUUUUGCAUCUCCACAAAACACGUUGAAAGUGAAGCGCAAUAAGAAAAAAUAAUAAUAAAUAAUUACAUUAACAGUUCGAACAAUCAGAUUUAAACCGCAUCAGUGAUUAGUGCUGCACAGCGUCAACUCCUUAAUACCCAUAUAAAUAAGCUGUGACGUUCUACGCUAGCUGAUAGUCGAGAAGCAGCUGUGAUCUUGAAAAGUACUACAUCCAGCCGGUUGCUACACUUAAGCACUAAUCAAUAAAUAAAUAAAAAAACGAAAUAAACAUGAAGCUGCUGUUGUUUACAAUAUUGUUUAUACUUUUGGCGAAUGUUGCGGAAAUUUGUUCCGGUUACUCGUGGCCACUCGCCAAGGCCAUUAGGGGUUAUCAGCAAGAGGUUAGCGGCUAUUAUGGCGCCGAUUAUGGCUAUUACGGCGGCGCUUACAGUGGGCAGGGGCAAUAUGGCUACGAUCAAUAUGGACGCGAUAGGCGUCGCAACAAUCGUCGCACCGGACGCACCUUUAGCGACAUAGCACGUGUGGUCAAUCCGCAGCCGUAUGCAUUUGUGGGCGCGAGGCCAUACCCAGGACAGCCGUUCAAUCCGAUCGGAUGAGCGUGAUAUAAUAGAUAGAAAAAUAAUAGAUUGUGUCUUGUGAUAUGAAAAAUGUUUACAUAUUAAGUAAAUA